AAAAACAGAUGAAAAAGCAACAUUCUUUCAGAAAAUCCGUCGCGAUUCACCCACAGAUUAGGCUAAGUGUUGAAAUAAAAGAGAAAGAUAGAACUUCAUGCGCUCUAUCGAGUUGAUACCUUUUGAGCACGAUUCGAUGCUUGGGUCUCUCAACUCUCCCUUCCCUUUUCCCCAAACUAGCCAAUCAGGCCUCCAAAUGGCGCAAUUCUAUGUACUAGCCGUCGCGAUUCGCCCAUGGGUUAGACCAACUGGUAAAAAUGGUAGACCCAGAUAGAACUUGACGAGCUCUAUCAAAUGAUCAUCUUUUGAGCUCGAUGCGAUGCUCUGGUUCCCCGCAACCGGCUAAUCAAGACACCAACUGAGGUAUUCCUUCGUGCUUGCUGUCACAAUUCACCUAUAGGUUAGACCAAGUGUUGGAAAUGGUAGACCAAGAUAGAACUUGAUCAGCUCUAUCGAAUGGUCACCUUUUGAGCUCGAUUUGAUGCUCGGAUUCUCCCACAAUCGACCAAUCAAAACCCCAACUGAGGCAUUCCUCGGAAUUAGCUGUUGGGAUUAGGGGUGACACUUUAACUUUAAAAACACUUUAAACUUUAAGCUUUAAUUAAAGUGAAAAAUUUUAAAACUUUUAACUUUAAUUAAAGUAAAAAUUUUAGCACUUUAACUUUAACUUUUUUAUUAAAGUUAAAGUGUUUGUGUCAUGCUAUACUAUAGGGAUACCCUCAGGUCCUCAAGUGCUGUACUACAGGGGUGCCCUUGAGUCCUCAACUGCUAUACUAUAAUGGUACCCUUAGGUCCUCAAUUGCCAUACUGUAAGGGUACCCUUGGGUCCUCAAAUGCUAUACUAUAGGGGUACCCUUGGGUCCUCAAUUGCCAUACUAUAAAGGUACCAUUAGGUCCUCAAAUCCUAUACUAUAGGGGUACCCUUGGGUCCUCAAUUGCCAUACUAUAAAGGUACCAUUAGGUCCUCAAAUGCUAUACUAUAGGGGUACCUUUGGGUCCUCAACUGCUAUACUAUAAGGGUACCCUUAGGUCCUCAAUUGCCAUACUAUAAGGAUACCCUUGGGUCCUCAAUUGUCAUAUUAGAGGGGUACCCUUGGGUCCUCAAGUGCUAUACUAUAGGGGCACCCUUGGGUUCUCAAGUGCUAUACUAUAAGGGUACCCUUAGGUUCUCAAUUGCCAUACUAUAGGGGCACCUUUAGGUCCUCCAGUGCUAUACCCUAGGGGCACCCUUGGGUCCAGAAGUGCUAUACUAUAGGGGUGCCCUUGGAUCCUCAAUUGCCAUACUAUAAGGGUACCCUUAGGUCCUCAAUUGCCAUAAUAGAAGGGUACUCUUGGAUCCUCAAGCGCUAUACUAUAGAGGUACCCUUGGGUCCUCAACUGCUACACUAUAGGAGUGCCCUUAAUUAUUCAAGUGGUAUAUUAUAGGGGUACCCUUAGUAGGGGUGUCAGUUUCGGGUUCCGUUCCGAGGUACGGGAACCCACCCCGGAUUUCCGUACCCGGGAACGUGGAACCCAUACCGCAUUUCCGUACCUGGGAACGGGGAAUGCGAAACUUAACUCGGAUUCCCUUAUCUGAAAAUGCGGAAUCCGACCGGCUUCUCGUCCUGGGGAAUCCAGGAACCCGUCAUGACGUUAAACAGAUGAAAAGAAUAAAUGUAUCAAUAUCUGUAGAUGAUCGAAAAUGCGUGCAGACCAAUUUUCAAAUGAUUUGCCAGACUCUAGAACGUAGAGGCCAGGUGGAUUAUCCAGUAGUGUCAAACUUGAAACUUGAAUUCAAUUGAGUUUUCAAGUUUCAAGUUUCCACUUUCAAUGAAAAUAUAAACAUUUUGGAGAUAUUGAUUCACUAGUGCAGAUAAUCUUUAUAUAGUGAUUGACUUUGAAUGCUGAUCCAUUCAGAUAUAUAUUCAUUCAACUUAUCAACCCUUGCUAGACAAAAUUCAAAAAAUAAAUAACUGUUUACUAUGUCUCCUACAUGUCUGGAAAGGACUGGCUGCAAAAGGACUGAUCACGACGGGACUGAUGGAGAAAUGAGUGGCCAGUCCUUUCGCGGCACCCAAAGCAGCUGCGAUGUGAUGUGUGUCGUAGCGUGGCCAGUAUUUUCGCGGCACCCACAUCAGCUGCGACGUGAUGUAUGUCGUAGCGUGGUCAGUCCUUUCGCGGCACCCACAGCAGCUGCGACGUGAUGUAUGUCGUAGUGUGACCCACCCUUUCGCGGCACCCACAGCAGCUGCGACGUGAUGUAUGUCGUAGUGUGGCCACUCAUUUCUCCAUCAGUCCUGUCGCGAUCAGUCCUUUCCAGACAUGUAGGAGACAUAGUAGACAGUUAUUUAUUUUUUGAAUUUUGUCUAGCAAGGGUUGAUAAGUUGAAUGAAUAUAUAUCUGAAUGGAUCAGCAUUCAAAGUCAAUCACUAUAUAAAGAUUAUCUGCACUAGUGAAUCAAUAUUUCCAAAAUGUUUAUAUUUUCAUUGAAAGUGGAAACUUGAAACUUGAAAGUUGAAAGUUGAAACUUGAAUUGAAUUCAAGUUUCAAGUUUUACAUAUAUGUUUUCGGAAAGGAAAGGAAAGGAGAAGAUCAAUUGAAAGAAAAUCCAGCUAUUCCGACUGGUCAUAAUUUAGUUGAUGAAAAUUAUCAAUAUACAUAUAUCCUUACAUUAGAUGGUCCAUAUAAACCUGAACCAAUACUUGAUAUGAUUUAUAUUCAAUAAAAUAUUUUGUUUAUCCUUUUUCUUUUUCUUUAGAUACAUUUCAAUAUGAUUCAAAAUAUGAAGAAAAUGACGAACAAUAUAAUGUUAUUCGAGAAAGAAUUCUUAAUGAAAACCAAUCAAGUUCAUUCGUUACGGAUGAUGAAGGUGAUCGAAAAAAAGAUAAUUUUAAUGAAGAAGAAAAAGAAAAACAACAAGAAACAAAUUUAGCAGCAUUACGUCAAAAAAUAUAUUCACCAAUUCAGACAAACAUUACUUUUGAAGAAUGUGCAUAUAAAUUACUUCGAAUGAAUUUACGUCAUGAACAAGACAUUGGGUGUGCGUGUGGAUAUCAAGAUAUUCAAAUAUUUCAAAAUGAAUUUCAUUUUGAAAAUCUUCAAAAACAUAUCCAGAUGGAAUAA